AUGUACGCUGGAGGGGAACAGAAGCACGUCAUGAGCCAUGCUGCAGGUGAACCUGCAGACGGACGGAUAGCGUGGAUUGCCGACACGGAAUGCCACACUGUUGACCGGAAGACGUUACAGCAGCACAUUCGGACAAUUGUUCGCCGAUGUAUGCCGCUUGGAGCUAUCUCGCUGCGAGCCCUACGUGAGGAGCUGCAGCUAAAUCUUGGGAUGACCUUGGUUAGCCACAAGGCCGAGAUCCGCCAUCUAGCUGAGCAUGCACUUGAGGAACUUACUUUGCAACAGCAGUUGGUCGCUACAGGGAUAUGCGAUGGAGUAUGGGAGCCGAUUCCGAUCCGCCAUCUAGCUGAGCUUGCACUUCGGGAGUUUACUUUGGAACAAAAGUUGGUCGCUACAGGCAUUUGCGAUGGAGCAUGGGAGCCGAUUCCUCUUGCUUUGGGGAAGCAUGCCGGGGGUCGGACCCUGUUCCAUUUGCUGAGUGGCAACCAGCUCUGUGGCGGCCAGGAUGGUGUACCAAUCGACGAUGGUAACUGGGAGCUUUUCUGCCUCGAACACAGCAUUCAACCCGAUGGACAAAUUCCUUUGGACAUGAGGCUCGGUGGAGGAGAUGAUGGUAGGAUGGGUGCCGGUGAGCAUGUGCCACCCUCUUUGGUUGUCGCUUCCGAGCCCGCAGUCACGGAUGAAGUGUGCUCGGGUCCUUGUGCGCAGCAUUUGUCAGGCGUGGAUGCCGAGAACUACCUUGUUCGUGGGUCUGGACUGGGAUGCCCUUUGCUGGAGCGUCUGCUGUUGGAUUAUGUGGCCGAGAUCACUCUGUCUGUCCUUGGGUCUGCAUUUGUGGCGGUGAUGCUGUGUCAAAGACCGUUUCUGAAGCAGUGGCGACCAUCAAAUCUACGCGGACACCAUCCACUUGCGGCGGACAGGUGUGUGGCUGGCCCCGCUGGAAUGCGUUUCCACUCGCCGAUGGCGGCAUCAGGGGGCAUACGGCGAGAGCGUUUGUAUGCCGGCAGCAUGAUCUCCAACUCUCUGCCGAAGUCUUUCCGACAUCAACCCCGAAUCUGA